UAUUAAAAAAACAAGUUAAGUUUAACCAAAAGAAAUGCUUAAUUUUAUUGUUUAUAAUCUUUAAAUGUAGUCUCAGAUCCUAUAUAGUCGGCACACACUGUACUGCUGCUUUUAUAACGUUAGAUACGUUUGCCACUUUUGGCAGCUAAUCGAAUUUUUGCAUUUGCCUUACACUAUACCAAAUUUUUAGUUUUUAUAUAUUAUAAUUCUGUUUUAAAGCAACUUAAAUGUGAAGAGCUUAUCAGUUGGCAAGAAUUAACAGUGGAAUUUUCCAUGCCACGAGCUGUCUAGCGUAAAAUUUUGAAAUUACUAUUGUUGUGACUGACGCACCGUUGAUUUCGCUAAAUUUAAAAUGUUUUGCAUCAUUUAAUAGUGGGGUGAGGUGAAGGGGGUGGUGAUUAAUCUCUUCACCGAGAGUGUCACACAGGCACACUUAUUGCCUCCCCUUUUGCAUCUCACUACCCCCUAUUUAUGCCCCAUUCGUUUGCCGCAAUGUGAUUUGCAUAACUGCAGUUGGCAUAUACAAAUACAAAUAUACAAAUGUGAAUCAUACGGAGGCAUUUUCUGGCCCAAAUCAAGUGACAUACACGUACGUAAUCGUCAUAUUUUUCAAUUCCGAUGACCUAAUGCCAACAUCCGAUGUAAGGCACAUACACACACACACACACACUGGCACACUGAAAGCAAGAAAAGCAGUGUUAAUUCAGCUAUCUGGCGAUUGUCUUUAUCAAGAGCUAUGCGAAAUCCAAUUUGACUGACUUGGCUCCAACUAAACACACACACACAUAUUUCUUAUUCCCGCUCUCCAUUGAAUAUAAUUGAAUUUUUAGCGCUUCUUUUGUUUGCAAACAAAUAUCAACAGCUUGGCUAUGUGUUGGUUAGCCGUUUUCUUGUUGUUUUGACUCAGCUGAUGUUGACCGCAUGAGUCAGUCGGUAUUCAAAACAGAAAGACAGUAAAUGCUCUAUUUUGUCAACCAAAAUAUUCAAAGAGUUUUUAUAGGCAAUAUUUGUUUGGAAUGAAAAUGUCAUGGUUGAAAAAAAAAGUACAAAAACAAAGCAAUGGUAAUUCUCUUUCACAAGUUUUAUGGUUAGUUUUAUGAUAGCCUUUUUAAGAAAGGUGCUUUCGCUUUAUAUCCAAGACAAUCACUAUGAAUACAGACAAUAAUAAGAAAGUUCUUUAAAAACAGUGUUUACUGUACUUGGUAAUGGGGUUUUGUGGGUGGGCGACAUUAUUUUGGAAAUCGGCUGCGCCUGAUAUUUUAUUUCGCUGUGAAGGCCGUAGCACGCAACUGCGCAAAUGGCGGUGAAUUGGCCAAUUGCUCCAUGUUCAAGGCAUCUAUAUAUGUAUGUAGUACUUAAAUAGUUAAAAGUACUCAAUAGGAUCGCGGGAGCCGUUAAUAGCCAGAUGCAGUCCCGGCCGGUCAGUUGCGGUUCAUUCUCAACAGUUUGCUCUGCUCUCGUAAUCUUGAGUUCGCCUCCCACACUGUCACUCACGAUACACUCGAAGUCAAUAUAAUAAUACCACUGGCCCAAUUCCAAAAAGUAUUUUUAGAUGAUCUUAUAGGCAAUUUUGGUAAAAUCGAUGUACAAAUCAUUAUGAAGGAACUAAUUUAUAAAUUUUUAUUUAUUACCGAAUUAUAUUCAGCAAGAACCCGUUAAUAAUAACGCCACCGCUGUCGUACUAUGUAUGUGGUACGAUAAUUUUAUUAAUAAACAUCAAUAAACAACUCAACGCCGUUGUGCUUGUUUUUUUAUUUUUACUGGCGCAUACAUACAUUUAAUAAUAUUGUGUACGUAUUUCCCAACAUUUGCGUUGCCGUGGAUGUUUUUAACCGGUUCGUGCGAUGAUAUCGGAAUUAAGAAAAGGGUAAGAGGCGAAUAAAGACAGUGUAUGGCCAUCAAAUAUCAAUUGAAUUGCAGUGCAUGCCAAUACAAUAAAAAUGGACUAGUAUACAUGGAGAUAAAGCGAAAGCAAUGCCAAUUGUUGCGCUCCCUGCUUUCUCCGCCACCCCAACAUGCAUUGUAUGAUGAUAUUAUUAUAUCUGUGACCUUGAUUUUGGGGUGCCGCAGUGGUUUGAACUCGUUGCUGUUGUUUUUGUCGUCUAUUUUGCGCUCUCUUCGCUAUGUUUUCUGAUUUUGACAGCUGUUUGGCGCCUCUAACGGUUGUUGCCAUACCCUUCAAUUUACAUUGUGAUGGGUAUAUAUGAUGCACAAUAACUCGGAGAUGAUUUAUGGUGAAGUAAUCAUCUGGAAUUAAUUACUUUCGUUUUUUUCCGUUUGUUUUGUUUGGCUGUUUCUCAAACGAUUUCCAUAUCUCUGCAUUCUUAACUCAUUUCGCAAUUGGUCUUUGUUUUGACUUUUGCUUUUAUCGUGCGUUCGCUUAUAGCUUGGGUAUAUCUCUUGGCGGUUCUUUUAUUGUUUUAUUUAUAGUGAUCACGCCACUUUUUUCGGUUUUCCUUUUGCCACUCCUGUUUCCCUUUUUGAUCUCUUUCUUAGCUAUACUACUUAAAUAUAUUCGGCAAUGCGGCUUGUUAAUCAAAUGAUUUAUGAUUUGUUUCCAUUUGCAUUUGCACGUGGUUUAGUCAUACACAUGAUUGUUUGCAUUUCUUAUUGAGUCAGUCCACAGCCCAGUUGAUUGAUGAGUAACUAUGCCUUCUCUAAACAUAGUUUUUAUUGGAAGAAAGCUACAUCUUAAAUGUUUUUUUUAUUUUUUGCACUAGCCAAAAAGUCGUGUAUUUUACCCAACUGCUUUGAAUAACAGGACUAGAUGUUAUUUUGCCAAAAAGCUAUUGAGUUUUGAGUCUUUCCAAAUAACUUGAUGCAUUGUGCACAAGUUGAACUAGUAAAAGAAACAAAAUAUUUUAGUUUUAAUCUAACACUGUACAUUCCUAUUUCCUUUUUAAAUAUGAUUAUAGUAAUUUGUUUAUGAUAUUAAAAAAUGUAGAAGCUUCCAUGAGACAACAUCUUAAAUCUUAAUGUCCCAUCUUCUGGAUGAAGUGAGAGCCAAGUUAAGAAACUUAAGCUCAGCUCGUAACUAAGAAAUCCCAGCGAACAAAGGCAGAUGAGGACCCACAAAUUGCUUGCGCUGCAAACCAUAUUGCUUUGUUGCUGGCCGGAACCAUGGCAACAUUUUAUCUUGACAUGCAGGCAGCUAUCUCCUCAUAACAACGCAAACAAUGCGCCUGAAGGGGAGAUGAAGGGCUGGGUCCACAUCUUUGACUUUAAACUGUUUGCGCUACCAAUAGUACCAACAAUCAUAGCCUUGUUCAUUUGGUGCACGUAGUGUGCAUUGCAGGAUGCUUGAAGGGAAGCCCGCUUUGUAAUUGGAAUUCGCAUUGUGGCUUUGUGACUGCCUGCCCUGAAAUUCGAUUGGUCGCCAGCUGCGUACCUGAAUUUAUGCUCGAUUUAAUUAUUUUACCUUGGGCGCAUUGCAGAGACAUAAGUUUUUUAUCCGAGGUCCCCAAAGAAACCCUUAGUGGUGUACGUAAUUACAAGUAUAAUUUGAGCUUGGGCAACCAAGACCUCUUCUCAUCGUCCAACCUAAAACAAAAGCUAGAAAGAAUAUUUGCCUUCUUCCGCAUGCUUGUGCUGAGCUCCAGCAUUGGAAUAAAAAUUAAUACCCAAAUUUAAAGAAUAAUUUGAUAUUUUCUAUUAUAGUAACAUCAUCAAUAUAUAAACAAAUUAAUCAUAAAUAUAUAUAUGUAUACAGUGUACAUUUUCUUUGUUCAAUGCCAACUAGUUGCAAAACACCCACUUGUUGCCCUUUUUGUGUUAGAGAUCCAGCUUUUCCCAAACUAUAAUUCUUGGGCAAGAUUUUCUUUUGGUUGAGGCCGCUCUGCGCUUGUGUUUUAGCCAUAUUGAUUGUGCUGAGGCAACAGAGAACCGGUUUUGGCCAGCAGCAAUGCGAACCCACUUAUUGCGCAUGAGGUAUUCGGAUGAUGAUUACAACAUGCGUCCAAAUGGGAAAACUGGUGGUUCGAUGCCUGUUCUUUUUACCAGCGUGAUUAACCUUGCAACCACUUCGAAAACCAAAUCUAAUAAUCUUAAGUUAGAAGUAUACCUGCAUUGUGUAUUGACGGACUUUAUUGUUCUGCCCAACUUAUCACUGGCUAUCGGAAAUCGCGUCAGGGUCGCCUUUAUUUUUUACCCAUAGCGUGAGAACCUUGGGAGACGUGGCCCCUUUGUGGGUGCUACUUCCCGAUAUACAAAGGCAAAUAAUGUACGAGUAUCUAUAGAUAUAUAUGUACGAAUAUCGUUAUCGGCGAAUGGCAGAAGUGCGACUUUCCAUUAUGAAAUUCGACAACGAAACUUCUGAGUUGCUUCAAAAAGUGUAAAGAUAGCCGCAGAAAGAGAAAUUUAAGUACAUUACGUUACAACUGCGUAAUUCUAUCAGUUAUUGGUUUUGCAGUAGCUUUAAAAUUAAAAUUAAAAUUAAGGAUGGGAAAUAUUUGGAUCAAAUAAAACUUAAACCGAUCGACAAAUUUUUUGAAAAUAAAAGAUUAUUUAUAUGUUUAUACAAAAAAAAAAAUUAUACAAGAAUAGUGUUUUUUGUGUCAAUGUUCCAAAUGGUUGCAAUAGUAGAUAUAUAUUAAAUAACUGGAAUAGAACAUAUUUUCUUGUCUGCACUUUGCAAAUUGGUCAGAAGUUAUCAGGAAAAAGCGGACACUUACUUGUAACCCGGUAGCCUAGAACAUUGCACUCUUUUUACGCUAUGGCUAUAAAAAGAAGCUGCAGGUGGGUCAGUUGUCAGAGCACCGAAGCGAAAGCGGUAAAGUAGCCAGCAGCAGUUAGUUAUCCUUUUGCGCUGCCCAAAACAUUCGAUGAAUCUGUCAAGCCUUUUCCUUUUGGCCCUCGUGGCAUCUGUCGCUAUCAGCGCCGGAUCUGCCCGCAGAAUCCACAGGCCAAAACCAGAAUCUCCAAGGCCGUGCCAGAACACAACCACAAGGCCUCCCUGUAAAACGACCACUCCAAGCUGCGAGGAGGAUACCACGACAACGACCACUGAGGCUCCCACGACAACGACCACUGAGGCUCCAACGACAACGACCACUGAGGCUCCCACGACAACAACGACAACGUGUGCCCCAACAACAACCACGACAACGACCACUGAGGCUCCCACGACAACGACCACUGAGGCUCCAACGACAACGACCACUGAGGCUCCCACGACAACAACGACAACGUGUGCCCCAACAACAACCACGACAACGACCACUGAGGCUCCCACGACAACGACAACUGAGGCUUCAACGACAACGACCACUGAGGCUCCAACGACAACGACCACUGAGGCUCCCACGACAACGACCACUGAGGCUCCAACGACAACGACCACUGAGGCUCCCACGACAACGACCACUGAGGCUCCCACGACAACAACGACAACGUGUGCCCCAACAACAACCACGACAACGACAACUGAGGCUCCAACGACAACGACCACUGAGGCUCCAACGACAACGACCACUGAGGCUCCCACGACAACGACCACUGAGGCUCCAACGACAACGACCACUGAGGCUCCCACGACAACGACCACUGAGGCUCCCACGACAACAACGACAACGUGUGCCCCAACAACAACCACGACAACGACAACUGAGGCUCCAACGACAACAACAACAACGAGUGUCCCAACGACAACAACAACAACGAGUGUCCCAACAACAACAACAACAACCAGUGUCCCAACGACAACCACGACAACGACCACUGAGGCUCCAACGACAACAUCAGCCUGUGAAAUAACGACUCCCGAGCCAACGACUGCUUCCCAACAGCCACCCUGUGAGCCAACAACUCCUGAACCAACGAGUUCUUCCCAACAGCCACCCUGUGAGCCAACAACUCCCGAACCAACGACUCCCGAACCAACGACUCCCGAACCAACGACUCCCGAACCAACGACUCCCGAACCAACGACUCCCGAACCAACGACUCCCGAACCAACGACUCCCGAACCAACGACUCCCGAACCAACGACUCCCGAACCAACGACUCCCGAGCCAACGACUCCCGAACCAACGACUCCCGAACCAACGACUCCCGAACCAACGACUCCCGAACCAACGACUCCCGAACCAACGACUCCCGAACCAACGACUCCCGAACCAACGACUCCCGAGCCAACGACUCCCGAACCAACGACUCCCGAACCAACGACUCCCGAACCAACGACUCCAGAACCAUCGACUCCUUCUCAACAGCCACCCUGUGAGCCAACCACUCCCGAAACAACGACUCCCGAACCAACAACUCCUUCCCAACAGCCACCCUGUGAGCCCACGAGUCCCGAAUCAACUACACCUAAACCAACGACUCCCAAACCAACGACUACCAAACCAACGACUCCCAAACCAACGACUACCAAACCGACUUCCGAAUCCACGACAGCACCUUGUGAAAUCCAGACUCCAACCACAACGGCUGCUCCCUGUGAGAGCACAACCACCCCACUUCCACCCCCACCUCCCUGCAAUCCCACUACAACUUCUGCUCCACCUUGCGAGGAGACAACCACACCGGCCUGCGGUUCUGUAGACAAACAGCGUGAUGAAGGUGUUAGGGAUCUCCUUGCCGAUGCCAGCAGCACCACAAAAGCUAGCAUCCCGAUCGGAACCAGUGCCAUGUGCGUUGGCCGCGCGGAGGGCAGUAUUGUCCCGGAUCCGAACCAUUGCAGGAGGUACUAUGAGUGCCGCGCCGGUCGCCGCCUGCUCCGCAAGUGUCGUCCCGGACUCUGGUACGAUUCGGAGGCUGCAGAGUGCCUUCCUCGCAGCGAGGUGCUGAACUGCCCUGCCCAGCGCAACUGAUGCACUUAGCCAACUUGACUCAACUGGAAUGAGGUCAGAGCUUGUAUUGCAACUUGUAUCCGUAACCAACAGUAACCACCUACUCAAUAAACAGCAUAAAAAUCACAA